GUGCGUUUAAUGCCGGCAUGAAGAUAACCUUCCCCGAUGGCACCGCCUGGAUGAGGUGAAGGCGUUAAGUCUUAUCCGCGAGGGGACCACUAUUCCCGUCCCUAAAGUCCAUGCGUGGGGUCCCGCUGCUGGCAACCCACUUGGCCUGGGUCCCUUCAUCAUCAUGGACUUCGUCGACGGCGUAAGCCUUAACGACCUUCUUAAGGACCCUAAUGCCGAGCGCCCUACACGACUCAUGAGAGAGGACAUCGACGAUGGCUAUAUCGAAUUCAUCUACAGGCAGUUUGCGAAUUUUCUGCUCCAGCUUUUCAAACUCGACUUUGACAGGAUCGGCAGCCUGCCGUCGCCAAGAGCUGAGGCUGAAUGCCCCUUGCCGAUACGGCCGCUGACAUUCAAGGCGCAUAGCAUCCUACAGAGCGGAGGAGUCGACACUUUUGGUGACCGACACCAGGGCUUCGCGACCACGACCGAGUACUUCCAGUACGUCGCUGGGCAGGACUUGGAGCAACUCAUCCACCAGCCAAACUCGAUUGAUAGUCCAUAUGAUGCCAAAAACAAAUUCAAGGCGUUCAAGGCCGUGAAAUCCCUAAUACCAGACUUCAUCAACGCAAAGUACGACCAUGGGAAGUUCAAGCUAAUUUGCGACGACCUUGGUUUGGCGAACCUGAUUGUAAGAAGCAAGGAAAACCUCACUGUCGUUGGGGUGGUGGACCUCGAGUGGUCAUACAUCGGGCCCGCCCAGCUGUUUGGCUCGGCGCCGUGGUGGCUUCUCCAGGAUAGACCUGUCAACAGCGCGUGGGACUGUAAGGACGAUGAGCCGCCUAAGAUUGCCGCCCAGUACUUCAGGUACUUAGAGACUUUCAAACGUGUCCUGGAGGAAGAGGAGGCCAAAAUGCUAGGGCACGAAGAGAAAGAGCUCUCUAGUCUCGUCAAGUGGUCGCAGGACUCGGGGGCCAUGUGGCUGCACAUGCUCCUCUUAGUUGGCUUCAACGACCAGCACAGCUUCCCCUUUACACAGCUACGUCAACACUUGGGUCCUGCGGAGUGGAAGAGGCGUGAGAAGGAAUUUGACAACGCAGAAGAGCUCGACGCGUUCGCGGCACGGAAGGUGCGCGAGUUGAAGCAGUACGAUGAUGCCUUGGAGAAGGCAGAAGAGGUCAGAGCCUUCGUGGACAGCGGGAAAAUGACGAAGGAGGAGUUCAUUGCCACACUUAGAUAGAGCUCGGCUGUCU